AUGAUGUGUGAGGAGGAAGAAUAUAACAGCAAAAGCCCUGAUCAAAAAGCCAUGUGUUUCGCCAUACAACAGGAUGGGGAUGAGAAUCCAGAAUCUAGCACUACGGUUGCUGAGCUUAUUAAGAAGACAGGAGGAGUCAGAGAAAUUCAACAGGAACAAAGAGCAGAAGAACAACCCUAUAGAUUUAUUGCUGAAGAUGGUGUUCCAAAUAUAAAGUCAGAAGUGUACAGCCAGAAGAGACCAUGCAAACGAGGAACAAGCCCUGCAGCAGAGCCGAUUCCAGUGGCUGAUUAUUUGAGAGCCAGUGAAGAGAGUAUAGAAACAAUAGGUCUGGAAAGACAAGUGAUAAACUCUGAGGAGAAAGAGGAAUCCUUGACCUUAAAAGAUGUAUUUCCUUCAGCUCCACGUAAAGAAAUUACCUCAGCCGAACUUUUUGACAAAGACAAUAAAAUAAAAUUAAAAGAGAAAGCUGAAGAAAAACAGACUCUUGAUUUGACAGUAGAAACUGAUGAGAGUUCAAAAUAUCCAAGGACCUUAUGUGAAACAAAGAUCCAUACACCUGAAGGGCUAAUUGAAGUUAAGAUGACUUCUAGACAUGAUUCAUCCACUAUAAAAGUUCCAGAUGAUCAUACAAAAGAAGUUCUAAAGAUUGGAACUAUAGCUGAAGAUAAGAGUCUAAGUAAAACUUAUCAAAGAGCUGGCAUCAACAAAAUGAUAAAUACAAGAUUAUACCCUAUGACAGAUGAUGGUGAAAAAGAGAGACAUUUUGCUGAGAGUAAAACAUUAGAUCAACUCUUCCUUACUAACUCUGAACAUGUCGAUAUGCCUACAUCUGAGGAGAGGGUGAGCAGAAAAAGAAGAUUUGGCCAUGUGUCGGAAGAGAGAUCUCCUUUAUCCUUGAACGGAGAGGAAGGAGAAAGUGGAGGCCGGGCUGAUAGACUGACAAGAAAACUAAUAUACACAGACUAUAUUGGUGGUGAUAAAAAGAAAAAGCUGCAAUUUCUAGAUUUAAAAGUUUGUCCAGAUAGCAGUGAUGAGCUUGCCAUGAAGAAGGACAAUAUUCGUGUUCAUUCUUCCAAGGACAGUGAAUUCUCUUCAGUGCCAAGAAAAGAUGUUCGAGGGAUUCCAGAUACUUCACUAAAAUCUGAUGCUACAUUAAAGCAAGCUGUUGUUCAAGCCCUGAAACUCGAUGGAAACAGAACUGUUCCUGAUAAUUGGAAGGUCAGAUUAAAAGAAGAAACCCCAGCAGCAAAAAAGAGAGCAGAAAAGACUUGCAGACGUCAUGUGAGAAAGAAAACCGUAUCUCCAGGUCAUCGAAAAGACAUCCAAAGAAGACAAAAGAAGAAACCUAAAAAGAAGAAACGAAGAAGUGGAAGAAAGAAGCUGAAAGAUCAUCAUAAAGAGACAUUGCUGUGGACAGUUGGUCCAGUACAACCGAGGUUGUGUUUGAGCCAUAGGACAUUGGACACUAAGACAUCUAUGUCAAUGAUCAAAUGUGGAAAUUUAACUAUUGUGUGGGCUAUUAACAAAUUGGAACCAUAUGUAUGGAGAAAAGUUGUGGUAUGAUAUAUAGAUAAAUGUCUUAUAAAUUGACCAAACUAGGUAGAAGGUCAAUUAUAUAUGUUAAUGGGAUAGAAACACAUUUGGACAAGGAUAUUUGAUGUUGAUAUGGAGAAUUGAAUAGAUAGAAGAUGAUCACAGAUAGAUCUAAAUU